AUGGGACUCUUCGGCGGCUCCUCUUCCUCAUCCUCAUCCUCCUCCUCCAACAGCACCACACCCACACCCACGGACUUCGCGCCCCCACAAGCACCGCUUUCCUCCCCCAGCGGCUUCAACGCCUCGACCGCCUCUUCCGGCGAGAUUCGCCAGCGCAUCCAAACCCAGAUCAGCCAAUCGAGCAAUCUAGCCAAUGCUCAGGUCCUCAUCAAGACCGUGAACAAGAACUGCUUCCAGCACUGCGUGCCGUCGCCCGGGUCGUCUCUGAGCUCCAAGGAGCAGACGUGCCUGAGCUCUUGUAUGGACAAAUACAUACAGGCGUGGAACGCUGUGAACGUUGCGUAUGUCGGCCGUCUGCAGCGCGAGCAGCGGGAAGUUCCUAUGGGAGGCAGUGCUUUGUAA